GUUUAAAAUAAAAAACUCAAAUAAAUAAAAUAGUUCAAAGGUUUUUUUAAAUAAAACCUUUAAUUGCGAAAAACGUAUCAUUUUUUAGUUUACUUUUUUCGAACGUUCUUUUUCGGCUGCUUUAUUUAGUGGAAUACAGUACUUCCUCUUAGCAUGGUGAAAUGUGACAUUUUUUAAACAAUGAAUUUUCCGAAGAAAACAUUUAAAAAUCGUUUUACAAGUCCUAGUUCUUCAUCCACUGGGGCAGAACGUCCCACUAGACGUGAAGAAAGCAAUGAGAGUAUUUGUGAUGAAGCAUCGCUUGAAUUAGAAUUUGGAGGAUUUAGUGAAGCAUCAGGUGAAGAAUUUGAAGAAAUUCCAGAAGAAGAAGAUUUUGAUGUAGACCUAUUGUCGGAUGAAGGAGUGAAUGCAGAUGCCGAAUUUGAAAACGACGAUAAUAUACAGAACACUUCCCGCCAACAUAAAGAGGCUUUUAGGAGCCUUGAUGAUUUUUAUGGGGGAAAAGUGUCUGAUUCUCGAGAUAGCUCAGUUUCAAAUUUUCCAAAUAUAGCAUCAGACCCUAGCUUUCCUUCAAAGAAUGCAUUACUGUCUUGUGAUCGAUCGAGUAAUGUAAGCAACGAUACCCAACUGGAGAAUCAAACAGUUACAAGAUCUUUUGGAAAAGUUUUCAAUUCAACACCGUCAGCUCAAUUGACUGAUAAAAGUGAAUCACUACCGGUUGAUAAAUCGAAUUCGUCCGAGACCACAUUAGAAAAUUUCCAGCUAUCCAAAAAUAUAAAAGAAGAUAGUAAUAUAGUCGUUAGUGUUCAUCAAACAAGGGACAAACUAGGAAUUUCUUUCUUUGAGAUUGACUCAGGCAUAAUAUUCAUGAUGUUGGAUUUUAUUGACAGUGGAGAAUACUUGGAAUUUCAGAAAGUUAUACAAGCGAUUCAACCUCAAGCCAUUGUGGUCAGUUCCAGAUGUGAUAACAACCUUCUGAAAAUUAUUGACCCUAAUAGUGGACGCAAUGGCGAUUAUGAUGAAGAAGCUAUCUGUUUAUCUUCAGUUGCCACCGAUUUAGGCAGUUUCAGCGUGGAAAUUCAGUCAUCGAGAGAUUACAAUUAUGAUAUUGCAAAAUCAAGAAUCGAAAACAUUCCACUGUUAACCAUGCCAACCUACUUAACUGAUGCAGAAAAGAAGCUUUAUCUCACCUCGGUUGUACCAUACGACAGUACAAAUGUAAUUUGUGCGAUUGGGGGCUUGAUUAAAUAUUUACAGGCAAUGAAUAUUAACAACUUAAAGACUUCUCAAGACUCGCUUAUUAUUACUGGAUAUAAAAUUUUCGAUAUAGAAAAUGUCAUGACUCUGGAUGAGAGUUCCUAUGGAGCUCUGCAAAUUUUCAAGAGAGAUGUUCACCCGUCGGUUCUCAAGUCAAGUUUUUGGAAUGCGACAAAGGAAGGACUAAGUCUAUUGCGUCAUAUGAAUAGAUGUAGCUCAUUACCAGGAUCUAGACUACUACACCAAUGGUUUCAGAAGCCGCUUCGUAAUAUGAGUCAGAUAAAGGAGCGUUUAGACGCUGUUGAAUUCUUUUCAGUGUCUACUCGUGCUGAUAUUGUUGAUAGCUUACAACGUUGCCUAAAAAACAUGAAAAAUUUAACGCCUAUUUUACAUCGAAUGAAGUUGGGUGGGUUUGAUUUUUAUGGUUGGCAAAGUCUUGUCCAGACUUUGUUCAAUUCGAUUUCAAUAGCCAAUAUAAUUAGAAGCUCUUGUCCUGAAAAUGUAUCAAUUUUUCACAAAAUACUAGAAAAUUUUGAUGAUGAUUUGACCAUGUUGCAUAAUAUUAUCUCCUCAACUAUCGACUUUGAACAAUCACGGAUAGAGCAGGCCUUUGUCGUAAAACCGGGUGUAAAUGAUACACUCGAUGAAAAGAAGAAAAAAUAUGAAGAAAUUGGGCAAACUCUCGAGAAAUUUACUGACAGAGCAUAUGAAGAAACCGGUAGAAAGUAUCCCAGUGGUAAAAUGGUUUAUAUACCUCAUAUGGGAUUCAUGUAUGCAGUGAACAGAGAAGAAGUUGAAACUAAAGAUGAUGAAAUAAGUGAUAUUCCAGAUAUGAAAUUUUUGUAUACGUCAACAGAUCAAGCAUUUUAUAAGAAUCGCGACGCAUGUGGAUUGGAUGACUUACUCGGAGAUCCAAAGUUUGAGAUUAGCGAUAUGGAAACAAAACUAAUGCACGAACUACAAACUCUUAUAACAAAUAAUUCCACUACACUUUUGAAAAUAUGCGAAUUUGCUGCUGAACUUGAUUGCCUCAUAAGGAAAGUCACUCAGAACGUGUACCAUAAAAUUUUAAAUUCGAUUUUUUUUGGAGUAGUUGCUAGAGAACAUAACUAUGUAAGGCCUACAAUGAAAAACGAUGGGAAGUAUUGCAUUGAGGAAGGACGGCAUCCACUUCAAGAGCUUAUCGUGGAUUCUUUUAUAUCAAACAACUUUAACUCAGGUGUUGAUUAUGGAAAUAUCCACAUAAUUACUGGCCCAAAUGCAAGCGGGAAAAGUGUUUUUAUAAAGCAGACGGCUCUUAUCAUUUUUCUGGCUCAUUUAGGAAGCUUUGUUCCUGCUAAGUGCGCAACAAUAUCCUUAACAGAUCGAAUUUUCACAAGAAUAAGAACAAUGGAAAGUGUCUCAGUUCAUCUGUCAACGUUCUUUAUCGAUAUUAACCAAAUGACAGUUGCGCUCAAUUUUGCAACUGAGAAAUCUUUGAUAGUGAUUGAUGAAUUUGGCAAAGGAACACUCAACGCCGAUGGGACGGCAAUUCUUGGGGCUUGUAUUCAUAAUUUUGUCCAACAAGAAAAUCCUCCUCAUGUGCUAGUUGUUACCCAUUUACAUGAUCUUUUUCGUGUUCUACCUAACUCUUCAAAGAUUCGCAAAUGGAAAACGGAAAUUCUGGUUAACGAGGAGGAGUUCAUUAGCUUAUUUCAGAUCAAACCUGGAAUAGAGUUAAAUUCACAUGCCUCCGAUGUAGCUCAACAGACUGGAUCUUCAGAUGAUGUGAUACAGAGGACAGCAGAAAUAUUGAAUAGCAUAAAGAAAAAUAGUAGCUUAGAACUUUAUUACAAAUGUUUAGAAACGGAAGAGGAUUGCAUAUCACGAAAUGAAGCGUUUCGAGACUUUUUCAUAAACAUGGACAUGGACGAGGAUAGCCAAAUAAAAACUUUAUUGGAUAUCUUUGUUGACACCAAUGAAAAUGUUGAAAAUAUGAGUGAUAGUGACUCAUAA